UUUAUCUGCAUUCAAAGUGGAAAACUUAGGGAAGAAAGGGUGCCAGGAUUGUUCCAAACUACUGGAAACCAAGAGAACGUGGGGGCAGAAACGGUCUUCAUCUCCUUAUUGUCCAGCUUCUCCAAACGGACUCCAUGUGGGUGUAUCUCCUCACUGCUGCUGCUCUGCUUGCCGUUUGGUGGCUCAUCAGAGACCGUCAGAAAAUCGGAGAUGUCAAAGACAAGUUUGUCUUUAUCACCGGAUGCGACACGGGCUUUGGCAACCUCCUGGCGAAGCGACUGGAAAGGCAAGGAUUCUGUGUUCUUGCUGGCUGCCUGACCCAAAAAGGAGUGGAUGGCCUACAGAGGAACAACUCAUCCACACUGAAAACUGUCCUCCUGGAUGUGGCUGACUGCAGCAGCAUAAGGAAGGCAGUGGACUGGGUCCAGGCAGAGGUGGGAGAGAAAGGACUCUGGGGCUUGGUCAACAAUGCAGGGAGAGCCAUUCCCAUUGGCCCAACAGAAUGGAUGAAGAUGGAGGAUUAUUUGAAAGUGUUGAAUGUGAAUUUGAUUGGAUUGAUGGAGGUGACGCUGACCUUUCUCCCAUUGGUUAAGAAGGCCAGGGGCCGGGUCGUGAACGUGGCUAGUAUUCUGGGGAGGAUAUCGCUUGUAGGUGGCGGCUACUGCCUCUCCAAAUGUGGAGUGGAGUCUUUUUCUGACAGUCUGAGACGGGACAUGCGUCACUUUGGUGUCCACGUCUGCAUCAUUGAGCCUGGCUUCUUCAAGACAGCUGUGACAAACCUGGAAGGCAUUGAGAAUGACUUGCAGCGUCUGUGGGACAGAUUGUCUCCUGAAGUCCGCGAGAGUUACGGGCAGAAUUACUUCGCAAAGUAUGUGAAGGCCCAGCAGUUUUCCAUGAAUGUGUUAUGCGACGGCGACCUGUCCAAAGUCACCAACUGCAUGGAGCAUGCUCUAACUGCCAACCACCCUCGCACACGCUAUGCCGCUGGAUGGGAUGCCAAGCUCUUCUGGAUCCCCCUCUCCUACAUGCCAACGGUUUUCAGCGACUUCCUGCUCAGUCUCCUGUUGCCAAAGCCUUCGCAGAGUGUCCAAUAAACAGCUGCACAGGCUGGUCGCCAGAGUGAAAUGGACCCUUCAGGUGCACCACUACCCUAGGGGCUGGUUUGCAGGGACCAUCACUUCGCUGGGGCGACAAUCAAAAGCAGAACGACCCCACCUACUACCCAAUCCCCCUCUCUCGAUCCCUGGUGGCCAUGGGCAGCCAGAGCAUUUGCCUGUUUCAGAUGCAACCCUCAAUCAAAUAAAACCCUAAGACAUAGGAACAGAUCGAAACCAGUCAGCCCAUUCAAUGAGGUCAGGGCUGAAAAUGGGUAGAUCUGAUUCUUUUGAAAUCCUUCUGUGGAAAGGGACCAGCAUAUUUUUGACCCUCCCUAACUGCCUUCGAGCUGACUGACUUGCUCAGCCAUUUCAGAAAGAAGUUGAGAGCAGCUACAUUUCUGCGGGUCUGGAGUCACACAUCGGCCCCAUUGGAUAAGGACAUGAGUGACCCAGGCAGGUUUUUAACGGUUAAUGAUUGUGUGAGUAAUGGUAAAUAGCUUUGAAUUAUUUUUGUUUGUGAUUUGAAUUGAAAUGCCACCAGCCACUGUGGUGGCAUUUGAAGCCAUGACCCAGAGCAUUAGCCAAAGUCUCUGGAUUACUAAUCCAGUGUCAUAGAGUCAUACAGCACAGGAACAGAUCCUUUAGUCCAACUCGUCCAUGCCGACCAGAUAUCCUAAAUUAAU